UUUUUUUUUACAAUGUCUAAUUGUUUCUGUGGAAUAACUGCAAUAUCUCAUGAAGUAAAGACAUCAGGACCAAAUAGAGGACGUUGGUAUUGGACAGUAAAUAUACCUUUGUAAACAAAUAUUCUAAAAAUUUGAAAACCUAAUGUUAUUUAACAAGUGUGCAUCAGGUUCCUGUCGUUUCUUUAAAUGGGAUGAUUCAGCAUUACCAUUUAUUCGUCAUCCAACAGAAGCGUAUGCAGCAGCUGGGAAUGUGAGAGGUAACUCAAGACGUCCAGUUACGCUUUCGUAUAUGCAGCAAAAGGCAAAAGAAACAGUACUUACCAAAACGACUGUUAAAAUUGUAUUUCUUCUUCUUUCAAAAACAUUGAUUGGCAUGAAGGCACAAAAAAACUUGACUAUUGAUCCUGUCAUUGCUAAAAUUGAACAUAUUGCUUGGAACGAAAAAUUAUCAAUGUGGACAAUUCCAGCCUCUCUUCGAGUUUAUAACAAUACAAUAGCAGCUUUACCAACGGAUAUUCCUAAUAUCCAAGUUGAUAUUGAUCCUAUACCAACUACAUUGAUAGAUACUAUUUUGAUGCGUAAUGAUAUUUUAGUUAAUAAUCCAGAUUUUAUGAGCGAAGUCGAGUUGAAAUGGACCGAAUUUGUUGAAUCUCCUAUGCGAAAACUUCUAAAGCCGUUUCAACAAGAAGCAGUUCGACUGGGGAUUGAAAAAAAGGGUAGAAUUUUAUUGGGAAAUGAAAAUGGCAUUGGACUUAUAGAACAGGCCUUAGCUUUGGCAAAUGUCUACAAAGAUGAAUGGCCUGUACUUUUAAUGUGUCCAGCCAUUUUAUGCGAGACUUGGAAGGAAACUGUUCAAAAUUUUUUCGAUUUAGAGGAAGAUGAAAUUUGUAUAUUGGAUAAUGUAGUAGGAGGAUUAUUUAAGGAAACAUCUAUUUCUUUAAAGAAAAGAAAGAAAGAAAAUAGAACAAAAAAGAAUAUAUUUAAUAAGAGAAUAAAGGGAAGCGCUUCAUUUAAUUCCAAACAAACUGAAGAAUAUGGUCUAUUUUCUAGCGAUGAAGAAGAUGAAGAAUAUGAUAUUGAUAAUGAUAGUGAUGAAGCAGAAAUAUAUAAAAUGACUUGCUCAUCACCUAUUAAAUUUUAUAUUGCAAGUCAUAAGAAAGUAUCCAAAAAUAAGACUAAAAUAUAUGAACAGAAAUUUAAAGUGAUGAUAAUUGAUGCUAGUCAUUAUUUGAAGUCAAGAGAUCAAAAUCAAGUAAAAAAUAUUUCUAAAAUGCUUCAAGACCAUCCCAGAGCAAUAUUGCUUUCUGACACAGCAAUUUAUUCUUUACCCAUUGAUCUUUACAAUCAAAUAAACGUGAUUAAUCCAAGUUUCUAUCCAGAUGCAGACACUUAUAUUACGCGUUAUUGUAAUCCAAAAACUUCUGUAUUUGGUGUCUUUGUAAAUGGUAGAUCAAACAUGGAAGAAUUAAAUUUUGUAUUAGAUACACAUAUUUGGUACUGUCCAAAAUUGGCUGACAUGAAAUCAGAAUAUAAAAGACCUUUUCAGCCUUAUUUAACGAGUAUAGAAAAUGGAGAGGAGAUUGCAGAAGAAUAUAUUCAAGAAAAGGAUUUGUUAAAAAAAACCAGUAUUGCAAAGAAGAAUGCAGUUUGUGAAUAUAUUGAACAUGUUUUUAAUACAUAUAAACGACCAAAAAUAGCGAUUACUUAUUAUGAUGAUAGUACAUCGAAGAGUAUUGAAGACAUUAUGAAAAAAAGAAAGGUAGUAAACUUAGUUGUAACAAGAAGAAAUAGAAAAAAAAAUCAUUUCUUAUCUUUUCUAAAAUAUAGGUCAAAUAUAUUACAAUAAAUGAUUCAGAAAAUAUUGAAGAAAAAGCACAAAGCUAUAAUAAGAGUCAUGCAGUACAAGUUGUACUUUUUGAUAUGAAGUUAAAAGAGCCUUCACUAUGUCUUGAUAGUGUAGAUUUAGUAAUCAUAACUGAUCAACCCACAAGUAAAGACGAUUUAACUCGUACUGAAUCCUAUUUUGGGCUUGAUAAAAGAGAAAAUCCAUUGCUUAUAAAAUAUUUGGUUGCACCUGGUACAUUGGAUUCAUACUACUGGCCUCUUAUACGACAAGAUUAAUAUAAUGUGCAUGCAUUCCUUCUUUAUAUACUUUACA